UCUUCCAAUUUCUUAAUUGCUUUUAGUUCUCUCACUUUAACUAUUUUCAUAAAACAAAGAAAAAAGGGUCACUCACUCUUCUUUCUUUUCAUUGUAUCAUAACAUGUCUUCCUCAGAGGGUGUGUUUGAGUUAGGAAUUGAGUUCUCAGAAGCCAACAAUGUUCUUCUCAUGUCACUAAUGGAAGAAACACAAGAAGAAGAGUACUAUGGCGAUGAUAGACUUGUGAGCAUGAUUCAGUCAUUGGAGGCAGAGAUCAGUGACACUCAAAUGGGUCAAAUGUAUGAGAUGGGACACGUGGACGAUCGAGAUUGCUCCACAUCAGUCAGUGGCCCUGAUCAUUGGAUUGACAUGGAAUUGAUCUCUUCCUUGCCCUUUGAUGAGAUGCAUGCAUGGAUCCCUUGUGGAGAUGAGAUGAUGGAGCAUUCAGCGAUGGAAUAUGAAGCUGGAAAUGACAUCAAUGAUUUUCAAUUGUGUUAUGGAGUUUUCCUUGAGCAACAAUAUAUAUAGAGACUAAGUAUUUGGCAUAAGGGCCAAGUGAUGCAGUAUUCUGAGAUUAAUUAACUGUUGUUUUAAAAGAAGAGAACACGGAUUACUUUGUAAUUAAUUUUGUGAAGGUGUCGUUAACUUUAAGUACAUGUUAUUACCAAACCUUUUAAUUUUAUCUUUUGUUUACUUUUUCUCCCCUUAUUUUCAUGUAAUUACCUAGCUGAAAAUUAAUUAGAAUGGAUUAAUUUCCAUA